GCAUCCACAAGCCUUGUCGAUGCGACGGCUGGCUUCCAAAGCGCAGCCAAUGUCCGCUGCCGUGUGCCAGAAGGACUCUCCCUGGGCACCUGGGAGGUCGGCCUUGUCAACUACGACUCGCCCUUCGUGCUUGCACAGAAUUUCGUGCCGUUCCAGGUGCUGCAGAUUUCCAUCGUGGGCAGAGUCUCGCCGAAUGCCACCUCCAUGGGCAGCAACACUCCGCUGGUUCUGUCAAGAGCUGA